CAUGAUGAACAGCUACCCAGACGGAGAGGAGGACGCUGUGGCGCUGCUGGCUCAUGACACCGGCGGCAGCAAGGAGCCGGAGCGGGUCAAGGAGGAGCUGGGAGCCGAGAAAAUCCCCGAGAAGCCGGACCCCUCGCAGAAGCCCCCCUACUCCUACGUGGCCCUGAUCGCCAUGGCCAUCCGGGAGAGCGCGGAGAAGAGGCUCACACUAUCCGGGAUCUACCAGUACAUCAUCAGCAAGUUCCCUUUCUACGAGAAGAACAAGAAGGGCUGGCAGAACAGCAUCCGCCACAACCUCAGCCUCAACGAGUGCUUCAUCAAGGUGCCCAGGGAGGGCGGCGGCGAGCGCAAGGGCAACUACUGGACCCUGGAUCCCGCCUGCGAGGACAUGUUCGAGAAGGGCAACUACCGCCGGAGGCGAAGGAUGAAACGGCCUUUCCGGCCGCCCCCGACCCACUUCCAGCCCGGCAAAACCCUCUUCAGCCCAGACACCUACGGCUACCUCUCCCCGCCCAAGUACUUGCAGUCCACCUUCAUGAACAACUCGUGGCCGCUGGCGCAGCCGCCUGCGCCCAUGCCCUACGCAUCCUGCCAGAUGUCUGGUGGGAACGUCAGCCCCGUCAAUGUGAAAGGACUCUCGGGCCCUGCAUCAUACGGUCCCUACUCGCGGGUACAGAGCAUGGCGCUGCCCGGCAUGGUGAACUCCUACAACGGCAUGGGCCACCACCACCACCACCCUCACGCCCAUCACCCCCAGCAGCUCAGCCCGACCAGCCCCGCGCCGCCCGCGGCCCCGGCGGCGAACGGAGCCGGCCUCCAGUUCGCCUGUGCCCGCCAGCCCGCCGAGCUGUCCAUGAUGCACUGUUCCUACUGGGAGCACGACAGCAAACACAGCGCCCUGCAUUCCCGCAUAGACAUCUAGGGGGGCUUCGGCCGAUAGUCCGCCGCCCUUGCACCGGCUCCGCUGUCACUCUGCGAUCCUGCCGCCUUCUCCUCCGUUCUCGGGUCUCUCCUCCUCUCCAGCCACGGACUUUCCUCUCUCUGUGCCUAAACUGUUGUGGUGGGGAAACUGCAGCCCUGCUCCUUGUGUAGUGUAAGUGUAAGAACCGUCCUACGAGGAGGAGAAGGCGGUGUAAGUGCGAGAGCCGGUGGCCUGGGCGCUGCCGCUGGGCGAGCUCGGAUUAACCGUUCGGUUUUUUGCUCGUGUGUGUGUGUUCGUUUG